AUGAUGUGCGAAGUGAUGCCGACCAUUAACGAAGGGGACUCCAUGAGUUCCCAGCGCGGCUCUCAGAACGGCACGGACGCCGAGGCCAAUUUCGAGCAGCUGAUGGUGAACAUGCUGGACGAGCGAGACAAGCUUCUGGAGUCCCUGCGCGAGACCCAGGAGACGCUGAUCCAGUCGCAGACCAAGCUCCAGGACGCGCUGCACGAGCGAGACCUGCUCCAGCGACAGCUCAACUCGGCGCUCCCGCAGGAAUUUGCAACGCUUACCAAGGAGCUGAAUGUGUGUCGAGAACAGCUGUUGGAGAAAGAGGAGGAAAUCUCUGAGCUCAAAGCCGAGAGGAACAAUACCAGGCUGUUGCUGGAGCACCUGGAGUGUUUGGUGUCGCGUCACGAGCGCUCGCUGAGGAUGACGGUGGUGAAGAGACAGGCUCCGCCCCCCUCCGGAGUCUCCAGCGAGGUGGAGGUGCUCAAGGCCCUCAAGUCCCUCUUUGAGCACCACAAGGCCCUGGAUGAGAAGGUGAGGGAGAGGUUGAGGGUGGCACUGGAGAGGAUCACAACCCUGGAGGGACAACUGGCUACAGCCAAUCAGGAGCUGAUGGUGUCGAGGCAACGGAAGGACAGACCAGAUGCUGAGGACAGGAUGGACAGCUCCAAGCCCAUAUGGAAGAGGCUGCCCAACGGCUCCAUAGACGCGCAUGACGAGGGCGGGCGGUGUGUGGAGCUGCAGGAGCUGCUGGAGAAGGCCAAUAAGGAGCUGACGCAGAGCAGGGAGCGCGUGGGCAUGCUCAGUACGCGCGUCUCCGACCUGGAGACCGAGCUCACCAACGCCCGCAAGGACCUGCUCAAGAGCGAGGAGACCAGCGCCAAGCACCAGAGGGACAUCCGCGAGGCUAUGGCACAGAGGGAGGACAUGGAGGAGCGCAUCACCACCCUGGAGAAGAGAUAUCUGGCCGCCCAGCGCGAGACCACGUCCAUCCACGACCUCAACGACAAGCUGGAGAACGAGCUAGCCACCAAGGACUCACUACACAGACAGAGCGAGGAGAAAGUGCGCCACCUGCAGGAGCUGUUGGAGCUUGCGGAGCAGCGUCUGCAGCAGACCAUGAGGAAGGCGGAGACUCUGCCAGAGGUGGAGGCGGAGUUAGCCCAGAGAGUGGCAGCCCUCUCCAAGGCUGAGGAGCGCCAUGGCAACAUUGAGGAGCGCCUACGACAGCUAGAGUCCCAGUUGGAGGAGAAGAACCAGGAGUUGGGCAGGGCGCGUCAGCGUGAGAAGAUGAAUGAGGAGCACAACAAGCGCUUGUCAGACACAGUGGACCGCCUCCUCACCGAGUCUAACGAGCGACUGCAGCUCCACCUCAAGGAGCGCAUGGCAGCGCUGGAGGAUAAAAAUGCCCUCAUACAUGACCUGGAAAGAUGCCAGAAACAGCUGGAGGAGUUUCACCACACUAAGGAGCGGCUGAUCGGAGAGAUAGAGAAGCUUCGGUCGGAGAUCGAACACCUGAAACGCAGAAGUGGAGUCUUUGGAGAUGGAACACACCCUCGGUCCCACAUGGGCAGUGCCAGUGACCUGCGCUACUCGAUGGUGGAGGGGCAGAGUGACCACUACGGCUCCGCCUCCGUCAUGCGCCGCAAGGGCAGAAUGGUGGCGCUCAGAGACGACCCCAACAAGGGGGAGAAGGAUUGGGAGCGGUCCCAGCCCUCCAGCCUGCGGGCUAGCCGCACACACCUGAUGGAGAGCGACGCGGAGCUGUCCGACCUGGACGAUGACGACCGCGAGACCAUCUUCAGCUCCGGGGACAUGCUGUCGCCCAGCGGCCACUCCGACGCCCAGACGCUGGCCCUCAUGCUGCAGGAGCAGCUGGACGCCAUCAACGAGGAGAUCAGGAUGAUCCAGGUGGAGAAGGAGUCGGCGGAGUUGCGAGCGGACGAGAUCGAGAGCCGCGUCAACAGCGGCAGCAUGGACGGCCUCAACGUCACGCUCAGGCCCCGCCCCUCCAUCCCCACCUCCGUCACCGCCCUCUCAUUGGCCAGCUCCUCGCCGCCCGCCAGCGGACGCUCCACCCCCAAGAUGGCGUCGCGCUCCGCGGCCCACGAGCUGGGCAUCAUGACCCUGCUGUGGGUUGGCAUGCCGGCGUGGUACGUGGCGGCGUGCCGUGCCAACGUAAAGAGCGGCGCCAUCAUGUCGGCGCUGUCGGACACGGAGAUCCAGCGUGAGAUCGGCAUCAGCAACCCGCUGCACCGACUCAAGCUGAGACUCGCCAUCCAGGAGAUGGUGACGCUGACCAGCCCCUCCGCCCCCCUCACCUCACGCACCUCCUCCGGAAAUGUGUGGGUGACUCACGAGGAGAUGGAGACCAUGGCCACGUCCACUAAAGCGGACAACGAGGAGGGCAGCUGGGCACAGACGCUGGCGUACGGCGACAUGAGUCACGAGUGGAUCGGUAACGAGUGGCUGCCCAGUCUGGGCCUCCCGCAGUACCGCAGCUACUUCAUGGAGUGCCUGGUGGACGCACGCAUGCUCGACCACCUCACCAAGAAGGACCUCCGCACACACCUCAAGAUGGUGGACAGCUUCCACCGAGCAAGUUUACAGUAUGGCAUCAUGUGUCUGAAGCGGCUGAACUACGAUCGCAAAGAGCUGGAGAGGAGACGAGAGGAUUGCCAGCAUGACAUCAGAGAUACGCUGGUGUGGACCAAUGAGCAGGUGGUCCAGUGGAUCCAGACGAUUGGGCUGAAGGAGUACAGCGGCAACCUAUCAGAGAGCGGCAUUCAUGGGGCCCUGAUCGCAUUGGACGAGACCUUCGACUUCUGCAGCCUCGCCCUCAUCCUGCAGAUACCCAUGCAGAACACACAGGCCAGGCAGGUUUUGGAACGGGAGUUCAACAACAUGCUGGCACUUGGCACCGAUCGUCGGGUAGACGAAAGUGACGAUAAAGCGUUUCGGCGGUCACCCUCCUGGCGUAAGCGCUUUCGUCCGCGGGACGGGCAGGGCUUGGGCAUGAUGCCAGGCUCCAUGGAAACGCUGCCCGCCGGAUUCCGUCUCACCACCAUGUCUAUGCCACCCUCCAUGGCCGUAGUGCCCAAGAAACAGCUGCAGCCCGAAGCUGCUCCCCCUCCCCCACAGAGACUUGACCCCUCCACUGUCAGGACUUAUUCCUGCUAACUCCUCUCUACUAACCCCCAAGCACUCGCGCUAACAGUGCAUUCCCACUACCUGUAUGGGCACACGCUUGCGGCCUUUCGAGAGUAACAUGCCAAAACCAGAGAGAUCUUUUUCGAGGUGACUCGGGAUGGAGGCGGGGCUUCCCACACCCCCCCUCUUCACCUGUACACCUGUGCUUUCUCGGACUCUGUGCAAUAGAAGGCGGGGCAGCGAUGACAUCACUUUUUGUCACACCACUGCGCCACGCCCGGCUGCCCUGGCCUGUCUGAGGACUCGAGCGAGUGUGUAGCUUGCAUCACCGCAGAGGAGGGGACCCCCUCUUCCUCCUCCUCCUCCUCCUUCUCCCGCUCCCAUUCCUCUCCCAGUAACCCCAGUUAUGUAGUUGUCGUGGUGAUGGUGUGUGUAUGCUCUCUGUUCUAAACUGGUGUACUUCGCCUAGUAGCCUGUCAGUUAGAGUCUAUUUCCUGGGUGUUUCUAUGGCAACAAGAGUAUAAGGCUUCCCCCCUCCGGUUAUGCAAGGUAUUAAUCUGUGUUUAUCUGUAUAUAAAAAUGGAUGACUUAUUAUGUUUUUUUAUAGAAAUAUAUAUACAUAUAUAUAAAUAUAUAUAUAUAUUGAAAUUGUAUAUGGAAAGAAGACUAUAUACUUAUUGUAUGAAAAUGAGCUAAUCUAAACCCUGUCGGAGUCGUUGAAUCUUUUUGUUUGUUGGCUAGCGGUGCGCUAGGCCAGCGUGUGAUGUGUUGGUGGCUCCGCCCCUCCUACAGCUGUGUGAGAACGCUGCGACGGUCACUUGAACAAAUACUCUUUUGCUCUGCAAUGAGUGCAUUCCAAUUAACCCUAACACGGUUAACAAGAAAAAGGCCAAGGUCCAUAACACACACUCUCUCUCUCUCUCUCUCUCUCUCUCUCUCUCUCGCUCGCUCGCUCUCUCUAUCUCCUGUGACUGUGUCAUCCCUGCCCAGCCAAGUCACGGUGAAUAAAAAGAUGUUCAGAUUAAAACAGAAUCACGUCAUGUGGAGGUCAUGUAACAGAACAAGCAAUAGUGAUCUGCAGUGCACGCUACGAAUACUCACUCAAGCAUACAUCGUCAUGGCACUCGUGCAGGCUGGACACCUGACGUCAGGGCUCGGCUCUGGAUCCUGAUUGGUAGAGAAAUGCAGUGACACCGUUCGGUUCCUUUUCAAGAGUCAGGGUGAGGCAUCCGUAGAAAGCCAUACAUCACGUGGUUAUGAACCUUUAGAGUCACUAGAGGUCUGUGGAGGCACUUUAACUUCAAGGUCACCUCUGUAGAGGCACUUUAACUUCAAGGUCACCUCUGUAGAGGCACUUUAACUUCAAGGUCACCUCUGUAGAGGCACUUUUACUUCACCUCUGAGCCAGUGUCUAGUAGAGGACACAGCUUGCGUGUUUUAUGGCCCAAUCCCAAUGUCCGGACUCACGAACUCACGGACUUUGGUGCGCAUUCCCGCGAAAUUCGUAUGGGCUUAGGGCUGUCCCAAUGUCGAAUUGCAACGGGCGUGAGGGUUUGAGUACAGACUUACCGAGCCCUUUCCGUGAGUCCGCAUCGGUGCAGACUUAACCUAAGGGAAUU